GUCCAUGCUCGGACGACGAUUCCUCCGUGCUUAUUAAAGUCUUUCCGAGUUUCGUCAACGGGUUUAAUAUGUCUGUUUGCGGGGGUGGACACUAAACCCUUGUCUAGUAGUGGUACCCUACCAGGCUUGGCACAUGAAAGUUCCUCUAAGAGCCUCGUUUACUAAAUUGGUCGAGGCGUAGUUUUUCCCUCGAAGUUUAAGGUGUAGCCCGUGGAAAGAUUUAGGACUACUGUCUCUUUUCUUGACUGACAGUUGUUCACAUGUUCUUUGGCCACUUGGAUCGAUCAUCUUUCGAAUUCAAGUUAUGUACAUAGCAACGUUACUGAGUAGCUACUGGCAGCAGUACUGCCAGUCCCAGGUGCUAAGACUAAUCUGCAAAUUUGGCCUUGCAUUGGUUUUGCUGCUGUUGAUAUGGCGACUUUGGACAUUCAGCAUUGUUCCAGUAUUAUUCCCAGAGAAGCCCAGACGUCUACCUUAUUGGGUUCCCUAUCUAGGUCAUUCCCGUUUACCAAGUAGUCUCAAUAGAUGUUAAUGCUAACCACAAUUACUUAUAGGUCAUGCCGGUGCUUUCAUGGACAAUGCUGAUGCUCUUUUCAACCGCGGCUAGUGAGUAUUUCCUUCACCUGUAUACUACACAUCCAGCUGACUGGAUGAAAUAGCAACCAUUUUCAGUCGAACGAACCGUUUGCGCUCACGGUCGGCGGGCGGACAAUUGUUGUGACUCGAGGUCCGCAAGAGCUUUCUGAAGUAUGGAAGAACUCAACCGCUCUCUCUUUCGACCCUUUUAUAGUGGGAGUAUUCAAAUCUUUCGGUCAAUCAUCCAAGUUUAUCGAAAGAGUUUUCAGCACUGAUUUAGAAACCCUUGUUGGCUCUGAUGCAAGGUCGAACUCUAAGCUUAUCAACGAAAACCCUUCCGGCAAAUGCUACGUUCAUUUACAAAGCACUUGGCUGAAAUCACAACUUCUUGGUAAUGACGAGCUGACUCAACUUCAUACCAUAUACCAUUCCCAUCUUAAUGAUAUUCUGGAAUGGAAAAGUCUUCCCAAGCAAUUGGCGCUUUCACAAAACGAGAAACAUACCACAAUUUCAUUGGCAAAAUUUAGUAGAUAUAUUGUCUCUCGUUGUGCCAUGAAGACAUUUUUGGGUGACAGGAUAUUCGAAAUGGCGCCUUCCUUUGCACAGGAUUAUCAAAAGUAUGAAGAUGACAGCUGGAAGAUCUUCUUUCAGUAUCCACACUUUAUGGCAAAGGAUCUGCAUAUAGCCAAAGAACAUGUAAUAAAAGAUCUCAUCAAGUACUUUGCGCUGCCUCAGGAACAACGACCAGGAGUCGCGUGGAUUUUUGAGACUAUGUACAAAGAACUGAGAACUCUUGACUUAGAUCCGCACGACAUAUCUGGCGUUAUAAUGCUUAUCAUCUGGGCGUAAGUCACUUAACUUGCCAAUUUGAGGUCGGGUGAGCUAAUUGCAAUAUAGAAUUAAUAACAACGCACACCACAUGGCGUUCUGGAUGUUGGCCCACAUGCUAUGUAAUCCGAGCUUAUUAGCUGAAGUUCGUAACGAAACCGAUCGAACAGUAUCUCCUGAUGGCAGUAUAGAUAUUGAGCUUCUUGUCAACGAAUGCCCUACUCUCAACGCUGUGUGGCUCGAAGUACUCCGCAUAUACAACGCCGGCUCGGUUGCUCGUCAAGCUGAGCAAGACAUUACUAUUGGGCACAAAUCGAUUAGUCGUGGGGAUACAAUAAUGAGUCCGUUUCGUCAACUGCACAUGAAUACUGAUAUAUUUGGCGAUGAUGCACACGGGUUUAAUCCAUCUAGGUUUCUCAGGAACAAGAACUUGCAUCGCAACAAAGGAUAUGUUCCGUUUGGAGGAGGGCAUACUUACUGUCCCGGCCGCUUCUUUGCUCAGCGCGAGGUAUUCAUGUUCAUUGCACUGAGCUUGUAUAGGUUUGAAUUUACUCUGGACCCUGAACAACUCGCGAAAGAUGGCGGAGUGAAAGUUCCGGAGGUGAAUCUCAAAAUUCCAUCCGCUGCUGCAAUGGGCCCAGCGAGUGAUCUUAUUGUACGUAUAGCACUCAGGCAGCCGGGCUCAUGAACACCAUGUAAAUAAUCAAAGGUUGCUUUUUCGAAUCUAAGCCUAAAGCGUCACAGAAACGUAUGAGCUCUAAAUAAAAUCGUUAGAAUGUACAUCCAUUGCGGAGUAGAGGUCUAAAAUCACAAUCCGGUUCAGCCA